AUGCGUCUUGCCAAGCUCCUCUCCUCUUUGGCACUCCUGCACCUUGCCUCCGGCUCCCCUCAUGGGCGCCGCGCAACGUGCAGCAACCCUCCCGUGCGCAAAGAAUGGAGACAGUUGACUGUCGAAGAGAAGGCCGAGUACAUUGAGGCCGUUCAGUGCUUGACAACUCUGGACGCCAAAUCCGGACUAAACGGUACUGUCAACCGUUUUGACGAUUUCCAGGCGGUUCACUCAGAUCAGACACCAUAUAUCCACUUUGUGGGCCACUUCUUGCUGUGGCAUCGGUACUUUGUUGCCUCUUACGAGAAGUCACUGCGCGAGGAAUGUGGAUACGCUGGUGCCCAGCCCUACUGGAACUGGUCGCAAGAUGCCUCCACUAACCUCUCAUCAACCGCCAUCUUCGAAACUGAGAUCUUCGAUCCAGACACCGGCUUCGGCGGAAACGGCGCCUGGGUCGCGAUCACCGACGCAGCCGACAACCCCUUCAACCUCACCGGCCGCACCGGCGGAGGCUGCGUCCAGAAUGGCCCCUUCACCUCGGACAAGUUCCAGCUCCACCACGCCGGCGGUGGCUGCCUGAAGCGAGACUACAUCCCCUGGAUCAUGAACAGCUUCGCGGCGCAGAGCCUCGUCGACCAUGUCCAGAGCCAGCCCGACUACACGACCUUUGCGCGUGCCCUCGAGAACAUCCCCCAGUUCACCGAGCCCAAUAUCCACGGCAGCGGACACUUCGGUGUCGGCGGUGUCCUGGGCACUCUGGGAAACCAGUACGAGAGCCCCGGCGAUCCUCUCUUCUACCUCCACCACGGCAACCUAGAUCGGAUCCUGUGGGAGUGGCAGCAGCAGGAUCUUCCGGCCCGUCUUCAUGAGGUUGGUGGGCCGGUUGAGCCGCUGGAUUACAGUGGGAAGAAUGUCACCCUUGAUUUUACGGUUAAUAUCGGCAGGCUUGCGGGGAAUGCGACUCUUGAGACCCUGCUUAAUACUGAGGGUGAUGUGCUCUGUUAUACCUAUGAUACUGCCUGA